AGAGAAGAAGGCUGUCAGCUGUCUGGGUGUGAGUGAACACCCUCUAGUGGAGGUGCUGACAAGCUGUACUGCAGAGCGUCUGUCUGUUUCUCACCAUCAUCAUUUCAAGUGGUCUAUGGUCCAGUGUUGAGCAGAGACCAUGUGGUGUUUGGAGCUGCUUUUACCACUACUGUUGAUCAUCAAUGAUGCCAGUUGCCAGUGGAACGUUUGGGUACCUCGGGAUAUUUCGGCCAUGACAAACUCCUGUGUGGUCAUCCCGUGCACCUUCAUGUAUCCAUCUGCUGUCAGGCCAUACAGAGGCAUUCACGGUAUCUGGUACUUCGGUCAGCCGUACCCUCAACUCUUCCCUCCUGUUGUUUUCAAAACACGCACAGACAUUGUGCACGAGAGCUACAAGGGCCGCACCAAGCUGCUGGGUGACUUGCACCAGAGGAACUGCACUCUGCUCAUCAACAACAUCGGCACAGAGCACUCAGGGAGAUACUACUUUCGUGCUGACCUUGGUGGAGCCAACAUGUAUACCUUCCCAGAUUACGCUGAGCUCAAAGUUUUGGAUCAACCCAACAUUGAUGUCCCUGAGGAGAUUGUCAGCGAUGAGGAUUUGGAGCUGACAUGCUACGCUCCAGACAACUGCCCAGACAUGACUCCAGAGAUCCAGUGGAUGUACACCGACUACCUGCCCGACCCCGAAUUCAGCUCUGACUACCUGGAGGAGAGCAACACAGCUGUACUCUCCAGCACCCUCACCUUCACACCCAGACCCAUGCACAACGGGCAGCUCUUGGGCUGCAGGGUGUACUACCCCAACACCACACUGGUCUAUGAGAGGGUCAUCUCUCUAGAUGUCAAGUACGCUCCACGCUCUGUGUGGGUGAACGUGUCCUCAGAGGUGAUGGAGGGCAGCUCUGUGGUUCUGCACUGCGAGGUGGACAGUAACCCUCCUCCCAGAAUCUCCUGGAUGUUCGGAGACCAGGAGCUUCUAUGGGACACGGCGUCCAAUGUCACCCUCUCCCUGGACGAUGUGACGCCUGUACAGGAGGGAGUCUACACCUGCAUUGGGGACAAUGGCUAUGGCCUCAUGAACACUUCAUUGUACCUGGCUGUCAAGUACCCUCCCCGUGAGCCCGUGGUAAACGACUCUGUGACGGUACAGGAGGGAACCUCGCUGGCCCUGCACUGUAGUACCCAGGGCAGCCCAGCCCCAACCCUCACCUGGCUGAAGGACGGGGAGCUGGUGGGCACCAUCACUGCCGACGAGCUGUCAGUGCUGGAGAUCUUAGAGAUCACUCCACAGGGAGACGGACAGUACCGCUGCCUGGCCGAGAAUGAGCACGGAAGAGCCAGCAGCUCCCUCAACAUCACUGUUGAGUAUGCCCCAGUCCUUCUGGAGGAGUCAAAGUGCACGGUGGUGAGGGAGGGUGUCCAGUGUGUCUGCAUGGCCACAGGAAACCCUGAACCCACCAUCGAGUUCUACCUGCCCGACCUGAACGUCACCAUCAACGAAACAGACGGCCGGUUCAACUUCUACACGCACACAGACGGACACACCUCCACGGGUAUGAUCAAGCUGCGGGAGAAAGGCGAGCGGGUCGACAAUGGCCCUGCUGUCAACGUCCACUGCAGCAUCUACAAUAUGUACGGAAGAGAAAGUGUACACCUGGAGCUACAGCAGGAGAAAAAGUACAUGAUGGCAGUUAUAGUUGGCACCAUUGGAGGAGUGGCGGUCAUAGCUUUCAUUAUUGCAGCAGUGAGAUAUGUUGGCCACAAUAACAAGAAAGAGAAUGGCAACCCUAGGCAGGACGUGGUCCUGGAGAACCCAGCUUUGUACUACAGCGCAGUCAAGAAGGACAAACAAAAUCUGAGGAAGAAAGUGCUUAAGACAGAGCUGUUGGGCUCAAAGUUUAACUCCAUUCUAGAGGAGACUACGGGAGAAGACGGGGAUUAUCAACCUGUGGGCUCUAUGGCAGGACUGGAGAGGCAAGAGUUGAAUUACGCUGCUCUGGAGUUUAUCGGGACCAGGUCCAGGGAGGGGGCCUCAGGGAGGGGGGAUGAUGGCAGCAACUACACGGAAAUCAAAGCCAAAUGAAUCGCAAUCCUUCCCUGAUCCCUCGGCUAUGCGAGACGCAGUGGCAGCCCCAACACAUUUUCUGCCCCAUAAACUGUCUAAUUACUCUACUGGAUUUCACCCUGCAUAUGAUGACUCCUUGUCUCUCACUUCAGAUUUGUCAUAUAUAAUGUACCACUCGAUGCCAGUACAACCCCGUCAUCCUGCCCUUCCUCCAUGGGACCCCCUUUCACGCACCAUCAUUUUGGAAAACUGGUACUUUUUUGGGUCGGAACAUGACCCACUGGACAAUGUAAAAUAAAUUAUUUAAAUUUCUGGCCUCAGUUGUAGUACAUGGGAAACAUGCAGUGUUAACCACCAACGAUCUUUUUGUUGCUUUCUCUAUGUUCUUCCAUGUUAUUCUUGAUGUUAUUGUCAAACGACAUACAUCUGAGUGCUUGCAUAUGUCUCACUAUUUGCUCUACAUUUGCCUCUUUUAACUGUCACUGUGUCUGCUGCCAGCCGAAGCAUCAGGGUAAGGAGUAACUGCGCUUUUUGUUCUCCUAUAUUUAUGUGUCUAUCAGCUGAGAGAAAAAACUCUCCUCUCUUUCCUUUGGUUAAUUACAUCCCAAAAAGAUAACCGACUGAGGCGAGAGACGGAAACUUAUCUCAGUGUCUUGUUUCCAUAUAAUUGUAUUUAAUGUGUGCUGUGACUCGGUAGCCUCUCAUAAAAAGUCACCAUCCCUCAUGAAAUAAUUGAAGAGGUUUUGUAAAUUUGUCCAGUUCUGAAAAAUGUCACAGCUUCUUUCCAGCAUUUUCCAGUUAACUGUAGAAUGUGUUUUUUGGGGGGAAUUUCCUGCACUGUGGCCAAUGCAAAAUGUCUGUCUCAUCUUCUACUUCUUGUUCCUAAAACAUGGGUUCUAGCUCUCUGAUUGAUCUGGAAAAAGGAGACCUUAAGCACAACAGUGUUAUCUCUCUAGACAAUGUGUGUGUGAGUGUAUGUGUGUGUUCAAAUCGUGCUGAAAGAUCAUAGGACACUGAUCACUGAUCAGUGGGGGGUCUUUGGGAAGUCUGACCAUCACUUCACUUGAGAAGUUGAUGCUUUAUUCUCACAGGGUUGCAUCAGAUGUUUGAAUGACAGAAAGUGAUGCUGAAUAGCCAGUUGGUUGUGCUAUUCAAAGACAGUUGAUGAACCUGUGAUGUAAUAUUAAAGCGCACUAAUAGUCUAACUUGAUAAUGAUUGUGUCAAUAUAUAUUAAUAAGAUGUAUAUUGAUAGGGGAAGGGAUGUCAGUAUGUAUAGUAAAUACCCUGCAUGACUGUUUUAUCAGCAGGCACACAUUUAAGUAUUAAAUUAUGGAUAAAAGCCAGUUUGAGAAGUUAAACAGUCUUGUCACACAUCAUCCAUCAACACUUUUGACUGAACACUGUCUUAAUAUGAGUUAAGUAAAUAGUACCGUCCUCUAACUAGUGUGCACUAUAGCCAAAGUCAAAUCAGAGGUUACGUUUACAUGCAGGGAGUAACCUUAUUAUUGACUCUGAUUGUAGUUGAUUUAAAGUAUAAUACAUCCUGUGUUAAUCUGUCUUUUAUAUUAACCAUUAAUAGGGAACUCCAGCAAUAUAGUAUUGCAUGCCCAUUAAACUGGGUGACUUACAAGAGACAUCAUUUAAAAAUGAGUGGUCAAAUUCAAAGCAGCACACACAGAGAUGUCCUGACUUUCAGUAGUAUGGGUCAAGUUCCAAACCCACUGUAUCCUACAAUACCCACAAUGCGAGCAAUAUCAUAUUUUUGUUAGACCCUGGUAAAAGUCCAUGUCAACUUCAUGCUCCAGAUUUAAUUUGUUGCCAAUAAUAAUGAAAUUGCAGUCUCCACACUCAGGCAGAGAUAACCCUGAUGAUAUCAUCAAGGGUUAUUUUCUCAGACUUUGCAAACUUCUUCAGAGCCACGCUUUAGGAGAACAUUAACUGUUUUAACAGGCUGAGGUGUACUGCCCAUCACAAAUACCUAACCUUUAUGUCAGUAAUUCAGAGUUCCCCUUUAAUGUUUACAAAGACUCAACGCACCAAUGAAGUCACUACUAUGCUUUUUCCACUUCACUAUUUUCACUUUGCAUCAUAUCUUGCAGGUCAUUCGCCUCGGUUUCUCUCAAAAGUGCUUAAAAAUAACUCAUAGACACACUGCAGCCGUAACUGACUGACAUGGUCUGUCAUUUUAAAUAAGACAACCGGUUGUGUGAUUGGUAUUUUAAAUCUGUCUACUUUCAUUCAAUUACAUAGGCUAUGUAGUGAAAAUGCAAAUAUGAUAUUUACUAUGUAUUGUAUGUGCGACUGUUUUAACAAUGUCAUGUCAUGAUAAAUGAUUUUGUUGUCUAAAUGAAUCAUGCAAAACAAUUACCUACUCCAUUUUCUCUGCAAGAAGUGAUUUCUAAAAUACUGUGUGUUGAACAUCAAAUAUGCAACUUAACAUUGUUACAUUGUGCUGAUGUACAGAUGUUGAUUCAAGGCUCAAGUAGAAAGUAAAAUUCUAGCUAGAGAUACGCUGUAGCGGUAUUUUGGCAGUCUCAUUUAAAAUGAUGGAUAAAGUUCAUCAAGGCAGUGGUGUGUCCCCUGUGAGCUGUUUCUAAUUGGUUUUACAAUCAGUAGAAGUACAAAAUACAGCAAAGGCCUCUGAUUGAUAACUGCUAACUCCAUAUGUAGGAAGACAGGCAGAAAUGGCAAUAUGAAAACAAGAAAAUUACACUAUGAGGAGUACUUCAGUUUAAGAUGUUCACAUGAAUCCAAAUAAAUCUCUCUCUGCCAAACCCCCGCCAAACCCCCAGAUUGAAUAAAGCAUGUUAAUGAAGCCUCAAGUUAUCUCUGAUACAGAGCUAAGAAAGAUGAUGAGGUGUGUAGGUUCAUUUUUCUGAUAACGAAAAAUACCCAUAAUGCUGUGCAGGUCUGAGUGUGUAAACUACAUAUGAAAAAAGCGAGAUCUUGCUCACCAGAUGAUCACCAGUGUUUGUGGUAAUGUAUACCAAAGUAUGCAUUGUUAUGUUUACUUUACCUGCCGCCAAGUGACUCACUGUCACUAUUUUAGUAGUUACAUAACAGUUAUUAUUGGAACAGAUGAGUUGCUGCAUGUUCUUCAUUGUUAAACUUCACAUCAUGUUUGAAGUAUUAAAAUUAAACAUGUAGAGUGCAGACAAAUAAGCCAACUGUAUUAAAUUUGAGUGAAUGGUCAGAAUUCCAUUUUGAUUAAAAAACAAAACAAAACCUAAGCAGGUCUAAAAAGUGAUUUGGUACGUAAGACAAAAAGCUAGGUAUGGGAGGUGAACAUUAUUUACACACCAUCCAAAACAGGACAAAAAUGCAGUUUUCUGAACACGCAACGAAAAGCUAGUGUCAACCAGCUAUUUAUUCUCACAUUAGCCUUUUAUUAAGACAUUUUUCUGUUGAGUUUAUGUUGGAUAUGCUGUCAAGCAUUCUCAAAUUGCCUGUAUGCACAAAGUCAAUAACUAGUUCUUUGAAUGACUCAAGGGGUUAUUUUUUAUUUAAUUGUUUUGAAAAAGCAGAAAUAUCAAAUAUGUCUAACCUAAUCUUUGUCACAGUGCGUUGUAAAGCAAAUGUGUAGUAUGUCCUAUACUUUGUCGAGAUUUUUUUUCUACAUGUAUGAUUGACACAGUAAUUCAGAUCAGGGUUUUUGCAAUCUCUCUGAAAAUUAGCACUGUUAGUUAAUAACAGUAGGAUUUCUGCAAUGAUGUCCUUUGCUUGCUCUUUUACUUUAAACAAGUCUUUCAUGCCACAAGCAAAUUCAUCUGUCUUCAGUCCCACGCAAACAUAAAAAAAUCAACACAAAAUGGAAACAGUUGAUGAUUGAUAUAAAACUGUGAACCAUC